AUGUUCUCCAUCAAGACGCUCACCGCCGUCCUCCUGGCCUCCGCCGCCGCCGUCUCCGCCGCUCCCACCACCACCAGCGGCAACAAGGCGACUCGCACCACCCACCUGACCGGCGUCACGCACUCGGUCGUCGCCGGCCUCGGCGGCAGCCUCACCUUCAACCCCGACAACGUUGUUGCCGAGGUUGGUGACAUCGUCGAGUGGCACUUCCUCCCGCGCAACCACUCCCUGGUGCAGUCCAACUUCGCCAACCCCUGCAACCCCCUCGCCGACGGCACCGGUUUCUUCCCCGGGUUCGAGUUCUUCACGCCCGAGGGCCAGGCCGACAAUGUUUUCCAGCUCGUCGUCGAGGACGAGAAGACCAUUUGGUACUACUGCCCUUUUGGCAACCAUUGCGGAGCCGGCAUGGUGGGAGUCAUCAACCAGAACUUCGACAACCAGGCCGUCUCUCUUGCCAAGCACAAGGAGCUCGCUGCUGGAAAGAUGACUGUCAUUCCUCCCGUCAAGCACGUCGGCGAGGUCCUGUCCAACCCCAACCCCCUCGGCGGCUUCUAA